AUGAGCAUGAAAUUGAUGUACUGGACAAAUCUCAAGUGGUGUGCAUGCCAUUCAGAAGGUGAAAAUAGCACGCUUACUACAUCAGUUUCUCUUCAUUUUCAACAGAAGGAUGCCCUAACCGUCCGACGUAUGGAGUCACCCUUCUCUCCGUCCAGUUGGCAAGACAAAGAUUUCCUUGCCCCUUGGCGUAGCACUCACCUUAACAAGAUGGCAGGCGACACACACAGUGUCAAUUUUGCGGACCAUUCCGGUGGCUUCAGACAGAGUUCUCCAGCUCCCUCCAUCUGCAGCAGUCGCAGUGUUGCUGGCAGCAGUACUGUUGGACGUCAUGGCAUAGGUCCCACUCCAACUGGGAGUUUGAUUGUCUUUCGAGUACACUCUGCUAUUACUGACGAUGCUCAAAGUUUGGUGGAAUUUCUGACCAUCCUACUGUCUGAGGGGAUAUUUGAAGAGGGGGAAAGGAGUUCGGUGAAUUUUCCAGAACCGGGAACAUCAAGUGUAACUAAAGCUCGCGUUAGUCGUGAUGGGACGGUGGAGUGUUCUCCUCGAGGUGACGCACCAACCUUUUGGAAACUUGGCUCCAGAAAUGAGGUUGAUCAGGAGAGAUUGACCUGA